GCUCUCGCCCGUCUCUGCCGAGCUUUCGGAUAGGUCCUCAACCCGUGUGCAGCAAGACGACCCAUCUGCCGGGUCGGCCUCCCUACCCCUUAGGUUUAGCAAGAGGCAGGCUAUUGCUUUGGCCUUCCCGCCUUUGCCAGACUACCUCGUGGAUUCUUGCCGCCAGCUCUCGGUGGGAAACCUUACUCCCCACCAGCGUGCGAACCGUGCUUGGCUCGCCGGCUGUUGGGCCAAGGCUGUGCUGGAGGAGCAGGUGGACAGGCCUGACCCUUCCGAACCUCUGGACGUGAGCUCGCGAUACUACUGUGUGCUGCGCGCUGACGGCGUGCCCUCACCGGUCGUCUGCGCGUCCCUUGCUGCCUUUAGGCGUGUGAUAGGCCCCGACUUGGGCCGCUCUGUGAUGGACUUUGCCCAGCUGGUGGCCUACGAGUCAGGUUCCCUUGAAGUGUUGGAGUUCUCUUGGCCCCCUACCGCGGAGGAAGAGAGGGACCUUGGGCAGCAACCCGCCGAGGACUCUGGAAUAGGCCCCUCUAUCGUGGUGUCAGCCUCUCCCGUGAUGCUUACCUCAGAGGGGACUUGGGUUGCAGCUUCGGACCAGGAGCGCCUCUCGGCUCUGGUGGUGGACAUGGCGGACCAUUUGGCCGAGCAGUUGGCCCCGGCGGACUUAGCGGUGGAGGAGCUGGUGUGCUUCCGGCAGGGGCAGCCGAUGCUCUUCCCCUUGGCUUCGGAAGUGCUCAGGCAGUCAAAGGAGUGGCUGCUAGGUGCGGAAAAUUUUCCCGAGGACAGGUCGGGUUAUCAUACAGCUGUCUCGGCCACGGAAGCCCCGGCCCAGCGCCCCAAGCCUCCGAAGCCGAAGCGCCCCACGGUGCAGCAGCUGGCAGCCCAGCAAAGCCAGAUGAUGCAGCUUAUGACUUCCGUCGUGGAGCGCCUCGACAGUUUGCAAGUCUCAGCGUCACGGGCUCCCGGGCCCACAGGUCAGGCCGCCCCUGCCCCCCCUGCAGCGGUGAACACAGCGAUUCUGCAAAAGCCUUUGGCCUCAGCUCUCCCCCCGGUUUCGGCUGCCCCUCGCUCCUUGGCGCAGGCAAUAGGAGCAGAUAUCGUUUAUGCGGUAUCUGGAGAGGCCUUAGACCUUCUGGCCGCAGGUUCGGAGGCAGGUGCUCGAGACACUCUCUCCCUGUUGCUGCUCAUGAUGGAGCAGACCGCGUUGGAUGGGGGCAACAGCUCCUUAGCCUGGCUCCUUACCCUGCAAGCGGAGCCGCCACAGAGCCUCUUCCAGACCCCGGCGCAAGCAAAAGGGCCCGGGAUCCCAAAGGCCCCCUCGAAGCCCGUGCCUCCGCCUCCUACGCCGCCCAACACCGGGGACCUUACAAAGAAGCAGCAGAGAGCUGCAGCCUGGGCCGCCCGGAAGGCCUCAGCCGAGACGGUCGGGGAAGCGGUCUUCCUCGGCUGGUGCCCCUGGACUUUGGACUUCUUCUGCCUUGGGAGCUCCCCCGGACUCCCCUUUGCCCCCGUGGAUGUUCCCUGCGCGAGCAAUGCCUCCGGAGAUGUUUUCCCCCUGCACGGCAGCAGCCUCAGAGAAGAGGGCGAGUUCGCUUUCGAGUCCUGGAUUGCCGCCCUUCCCCGGCUCUCGGAGGUUGUUUGUUUUGUUGAGCGCUGUGGCCUGACCCCCGGCGCUUACCCUGGCGACGGUGCUUUGCCUGAGGAAGCACCUUUUCUGCCCCACGCCGACCAUGGCCUGGAGGCGCUUCACCCCUACCGGGACCUGCGUGCCGAUCAGGUUGCCUUGCAUGGUGAAGGGAAGUGGGACCUCGCUGUCCAUCUCGGCCCUGACCUCUACAUGCCCUAUGUUGAGCCCCAGGUGCUGCACUUUGCCGGGCUCGACGCGCCCUUCCCCUCGUUUGCCAAAGAGAAGCCGGACCACUUGAUUGAGAUCUGUAAGCUGUGGGACGCCUCUGCCCUUCUUGGCUUCGUGCCGGGCCCUUUACCAGACCGCCAGCUCACGAGACUCUUCGGAGCUUACAAAGCUCCGGGCAAGCUUCGCCAGAUCGGCGACCGAAGGGGCCAGAACGCUUCAGAAGCCCACCUGUGUGGCCCGUCCCGUUUUCUUCCCUCGGGCCCCCUGCUCUGCAGAAUCCACGUGCCUGCCGGCCAUUGCUUGGUCGGCUCCGUGACGGACCGGCAGGACUUUUACACGCAG